GGCAACACGCAUAAAUGCAUCACGCAAACAGCCAACACGCAAAAAGGCAUAACGCAAAGAGGCACCACGCAAAAAGGCAACACGCAAAGAGGCAUCACGCAAAGAUCCAACACGCAAAAAGGCAGUACGCAAAGAGGCAUAACGCUAAAAGGCAACACACAAAAGGCAUCGCAAAAAAGGCAAUUUGCAAAAAGGGCAUCACGUGAGAAGUUUACUUAGGAAUUAGGCCUGGUAUUUAGGAAGUCCUUAGAUAACAGCGACCGAAACCAGGUUGAGCCUGCGAUACCAAAAACGUCAUGCGGUCUUGCCCAUAAUUUUGUACCAAAAUGGCACUCAGAGGAACCGUUUUGCCACGCUAGUGUUGCAGAGCUGUGAAGUUGCACAUGCAUGUUCAAGAUUAAAAAAGGUGAGUCUAUUCAACGAACAAAAGGAGUUUUUUUCCUGAUCCAUCCAUGACUUUGCUGUAAUAAUAAUAUUUGCUUCAAAGUCGAAAUAUUUGACAAAAUGAGUGAACCUGGUUCAGGUCGUUGUUAUACGAUUAACAACGACCUGAACCAGGUUUGAAAAACAAAGGGGUAUCACAUCAAAAUGUUUGAGAAAAAGUCACAAUACGUUUUUAAGAACUUGAAGCCUCUUAGUCAAGAUAUAGACAUACAACUAAAUGUAUAAAGACAAGAAAUUCUUUGUUUGGUACAUUGCAUUUAAUAUCUGUAUUGUCAUUGGCUGAACCCACACUUAAUAAACAAUAUCAUUGCAUGAGGUUGAAUUGGUUGAAGGUUUUAUCUACACUAGGGAAACAGCUACUCUAGGAUAGGGGGAUUUGGGGAGUUUAAUCUAGUAUAGGGUAGCAAAAUUUAGCUCAAUUAGCUCUGGUAUAGGUUAAGGGUUCCAGGGUCCCAGCGACACAUCCCCACCCAGAAAUUCCUAAAGUACCCCCCCCCCCCUCCAACCUGGGAAUGCAUAUUCCAUCGAUUUCCAUAGUCCCUCGAUCCCAAAAAAAAAUAAUAAUAACAAUUUCUUGUUUCAGGUUAUACAAAUGCAAAAGUAGUGAUUUUCAACCAAAUGAUUCUUCGUGCAUUAAUCAAGUUGUUCCCCAGUACUCAUUCUUGAGGCAUUAUUAAAACAUUUAUAUUGAAAUAAGAAUGCUCAUUAAAAAGUACAUUUAUAGAUAUAUGACAUAUAUACCUUUAAGAUUUCUUGUAAUAGAAGUGCUUCCAAAUCCCUUUGUUUGCUUAAUAACGGUAAAGGUUGAAGUGGUUGCGACUUCAUACAGUGCCUGCGUUUAAAACCCUCAUGGCGUCAUCAAGGCUUGAGACAUAACCAGAAUAAUCCGAGAACUUCUUGGUAAAAAGAUCACUCCACGUGUUCGAAUUUACCGCCACUUUUUUUAACAUGGAAUAUAUGCAUAUUUUACCGAAUAGCCGCAGACAUAACAAACUGUCGUAGACCUCUACCCACCCACCCUACCCUUCCAAACCUGGUCCAAGUCGUUCUUAUUUAAAUAUUCCUCACAGUAUUUCUUAAACAACAACGAGCGAGGCUACGAGAAGGAACUCACACAAGGAUACGAUGUUCAGUUCAUUUUAUUAACAAUUAUACAUAAUUAAUUUUAUUUACUUGCGUCCUUACAAUUAUUCUCUGCACUAGCUGACAAACACUCUAGAAGAAAGACUGCAUUCUUAGCCCCACAAAACCUUCUCCGUGGCCUACAUCAAGCCCGCCAUUUUGGUACAAAACUAUGGGCAAGACCGCAUGACGUUUUUGGUAUCGCAGGCUCAACCUGGUUUCGGUCGUUGUUAUCUAAGGACUUCCUGGUAUUUAGUACAUACUGCGUGAAGCAAACCGAAAUGGUAUUCGAACGAGACAUUCCAUCUUGCUCACCUCGUGAGGUGCUUAUUCGGUACCUUAGGCGUGCCCUGAUUGAUAAUCACAACAAGUCCAAAACGGAAUUGACAGCGAUUGCAUUUCUUUCCGGCUAGAAAACCUAAUUGAUUUACUUUUGAGAUCGGCACAUCCUUACCAAGAUGGCGCUCAGGUUUUAGCGGUUCUUCGUGCAGCGUUAACAGCAGUGGAAAAUUGCUGUCAAUCUGAGGAUGAUCCCACCAUAUGAGGGAACUUAUCACGUGAUGUCCUUUUUGCAAAUUGUCCUUUUUUGCAAAUUGCCUUUUUUGCGAUGCCUUUUUGCGUGUUGCCUUUUAGCGUUUAUGCCUCUUUGCGUGAUGCCUUUUUGCGUUAUGCCUCUUUGCGUGAUGCCUUUUUGCGUUAUGCCUCUUUGCGUUAUGCCUUUUUGCGUGUUGCCUCUUUGCGUUAUGCCUCUUUGCGUGUUGCCUUUUAG